AUGCAAGUCGGUCUGCGGCCUCGGCUCCGGUCUCGUUCGUCUCUUUUAGAUCUGGUACGAAGCAGAGGCGACGGGUUGCAGGUCGGAUCGAAAUCCUUGUCCAGUUCAUCUUCAGCAUCCUCUUCGGUAGCUUCUGCCAGCCCAUCAAGGCCAUCCAGCCCGUUAGCCGCAGCAUCCGUCGCUACGUCUGCUGGUCCAUCUUCAUCACCUACACCAAUCUCUGUCGAUUACUUCAACUCACCUGCAGCCUCUAAGUUGCCGGUUUCAUUGCCGAAUUCCGCGGCAGAAAUUCAGAGCGAAGAAGAAAAAGACACCUUCGACAAAGCUGACCAGGCAGCUGUUGCCAGUGCUGCUGUAGCUGCUACAUCAUCGGCCCCACCUUUUGGUACUGCCAGCCAGCUCUCGUCUGCAGCUGGUCCUCCUCCCAACUCUCCACCCGCAUCACCACCUCAACCCUCAACGCCCGCUUCCAACCAUCCUCCUCGGGCUCCGACGUCAGCUUCUACACCUCCUCCUGCUUCGUCGAACUCAUCUCCUACGGCUGCUUCACGAUCCAAGAUGGCUCCUCCAGCUGUCGAUACCGAUGGCAAUGCCGUUCACUAUGGCAAGAUCUACUCCAUCUCUGGUCCCGUCAUUGUGGCCGAAGAUAUGCUUGGUGUUGCCAUGUACGAAUUGGUCGCAGUAGGCCACGACAACCUCAGCGGUGAGGUCAUUCGAAUCAGCGGCGACCAUGCAACCAUCCAGGUUUACGAAGAAACCGCCGGUGUUAAAAUUGGCGAUCCUGUCCGCCGAACCGGCAAGCCUUUGUCCGUCGAGCUUGGCCCCGGUCUUCUCAGCGGUAUUUACGAUGGUAUCCAGCGACCUCUUGAAGAUAUCCGCAACGUUUCUCAGAGCAUCUACAUUCCCCGCGGCAUAUCCGUCCCUGCCCUCGAUCGCAACAAGAAAUGGGACUUUACCCCCACGAUGAAGGUUGGCGACCAUGUUUCUGGUGGUGACGUUUGGGGUACCGUUUUCGAAAACUCCUUCCUUGCCGUUCACAAGAUUCUCUUCCCUCCUCGCGCUCGCGGUACCAUUACAAAGAUCGCCUCCAAGGGUGAAUACACUGUGGCCGAAAAGAUCCUUGAGGUCGAAUUCGACGGCAAGAAGACUGAAUACCCCAUGAUGCAGAGCUGGCCCGUCCGUGUGCCUAGACCUUCUACCGAAAAGCUCGUCGCUGAAGAGCCUUUCAUCGUCGGUCAGCGUGUUUUGGAUGCCCUCUUCCCUGGUGUUCAGGGCGGUACCAUUGCCAUUCCUGGUGCUUUCGGUUGCGGCAAGACCGUCAUUUCCCAGUCCGUCUCCAAAUUCUCCAACAGUGAUGUCAUUGUCUACGUCGGCUGUGGUGAACGCGGUAACGAAAUGGCCGAAGUCUUGAAGGAUUUCCCCGAACUUACAAUUGAUGUCGACGGCCGUAAGGAGCCCAUCAUGAAGCGAACUACCCUUAUCGCCAAUACCUCGAACAUGCCCGUCGCUGCCAGAGAGGCUUCCAUCUACACCGGAAUUACUGUUGCCGAAUAUUUCCGUGACCAGGGUCUUGAUGUUGCUAUGAUGGCUGACUCGUCUUCUCGAUGGGCCGAAGCUCUUCGUGAAUUGUCUGGACGCUUGGGAGAAAUGCCCGCUGAUCAAGGUUUCCCUGCUUACCUUGGUGCCAAGCUCGCCUCUUUCUACGAGCGAGCCGGUCGCGUCCAGGCUCUUGGUUCCCCCGACCGCCGUGGCAGUGUCAGCAUCGUCGGCGCUGUCAGUCCUGCUGGCGGUGAUUUCUCUGACCCUGUUUGCACGGCUACUCUUGGUAUUGUCCAGGUAUUCUGGGGUUUGGACAAGAAGCUUGCCCAGCGAAAGCAUUUCCCAUCGAUUAACACCAACAUCUCCUACAGCAAGUAUACCACCAUCCUGGACAAGUACUACGAGAAGGAAUACGCCGACUUCCCCAAGUUGCGUGAUCGUAUCAAGCAGCUCCUUUCCGACUCCGACGAGCUUGACCAGGUCGUCCAGCUCGUGGGUAAGAGUGCCUUGUCUGACCCCGACAAGAUUACCCUUGACAUUGCUGCUCUUAUCAAGGAAGACUUCUUGCAGCAAAACGGUUACUCAGACUACGAUCAGUUCUGUCCUAUCUGGAAGACUGAAUGGAUGAUGAAGCUCAUGGUUGGAUUCUAUGACGAGGCACAAAAGGCUAUUUCCCAAGGCCAAAGCUGGUCCAAGGUUCGCGAAACUACCGCUGAUCUGCAAAACCAGCUCCGUCAGUUGAAGUUUGAGCUGCCAUCAGAUGGACAAGAGGUUGUCAGCAAGAAGUACGAGGCUAUCCAGCAAGCCAUGACGGACAAGUUCGCCGCUGUUAUGGACGAGUAA